GCGAGACUAUCUCGUUCAUAUCAGAAGAAGAGUUGAAAGAACGCUUAUCACUUUAUUUGCAAAUGCGGAUCAUACCCGAUCAAAUCCUGUAAGAGUGCUCUCACCAGCCUUGUCUGCCUCAAACGAGCGGUCAAACAAUCAAGAUGGAUUCAUCGCAUGAAGUUAUCAUCUCAAAUGAGCUAUCUCGUUAUAACCCCCGCCGCAGCCAACGGUACUCCGCGGUCCACGUACUUCAGAUUACGUGGAAAGACGACGAUAUUGGGGUUGCCGAUGAGGUCAACGAACUUGCACACCUCUUCCGUGACAAGUUCAACUUUUUUGUCUGGCCUUACCAAAUUCCCUCAAAGAAUUCACAGGCGCAAUUGCAACUUCAUAUUGCUCAGUUUAUUCUGCGCUGCGGAAGCGAUGAUGAUAACUUGAUCAUUCUACAUUACAGUGGGCACGGAGGGAAGACGGCUGACCUGAUGGAUUCAGAGUGUGUAUGGUCUGCGAAGAUAUCUGGGGGGCCUACAGUAGAUUGGGCCAUCAUACAGCCGGGCAUUCUCGGAGCAACCUGUGAUGUUGCAAUCUUGUUAGAUUGUUGCUUUGCCGGACAAGCUGUUCGGUCUCGUCUUCAACAUAACGUGGAAUUCCUUGCCGCAACUGAUAAAGAUCAAUUUACACCCACAGGCAAAUUGACCAACAGGCCCUCAUUCACUAAAGUCCUAACGCAGCAGUUGGGUUUGGUAGUAGCCAAAUCGAGUCACAUUACUAUCCCCGAAUUGCAUCGUCAAAUGCUAAGGAAAGAGGUCGGCCUCGUGAAGCAGCCAUUCUAUGCGAGUCUUUCACGUAGUUCUUCAGGUGCUGGAAUUCGCCUUGCCAGGUGGGAGCCCCUCGACACGGCCGUUACGAAAGCAGGAACUAGCACACCAUCAGAUCGAGGAGACGCCCUAUCUUUAUACAUUCGGUUUUCUUUGUUCCAGCCAAUGGAUAUUGCGCAAAGAGAAGCACUCCUACGUUGGCUGACGCGAGACUCUCCUUCUGACAUCGAACAUAUCCAUGUUCUUCACCGCACAAUAUCGAAGGCGCAAGCUGUGGGACAAGUCAGUAGCGAGAUCUUGUGCCCAAAGGCUGUGGUGCCAAACGUGCUUGCACCAUUUCGAAUUUCAGACGAUACUCGAGAGGAAGCAAAACGGCUGACCCGUGCCCUUACUGAUGUGCUCUCUAUUCCCGAAACUUACCAUUUUGCGGAGCUUGAUGUAACCCAAAUCAUCAACAGCAUUUCUGAGAGGUCAGCCCAGCUGCUUGCCUUCAUGAAUGACUGCAUUGCAGGAUUGAAUGAAGAAUCGCUGGAUACCCUUCGGAACAAGGACCUUUAUGGCACUUUUGAAUUGGCGAGCAGAAUCGCAAUGCGUCUGACCUUGGUCCAGGAUGAAGUGACGAAAGGCGCCAUAAAGGUGUAUUUUGACAGUACAGCACCAGCAGAUCAUCAUUUGCGGACUGGGAGAAAGGAUGAAGAUUCGGUCUUGGUAGAAUAUUGGGAAUACGAGACAGUAGGAAACCAGGACGCCAACAAGAGCCUGGAACAAGCCGCACGUAUAUCGGCUCUUCUGGUUGAGGACAAGGCCAAAGCUUUUCGAAUACUGCCGGGAUUGGGGUACGUGGAAGAGACUAUUCGACCACGCAUCGGAUUCGUGUACCGACUUCCAUCGGGAAUAUCCACGAACGAUUAUUGGACAUUGUCGGAACUCAUCGGUACUGUAAAGACCCUUCCACUCGAAGUUCGUUGUCAGCUUGCUAGUGCAAUCUGUGAUGCUAUUUUGCACCUGCAUUCGAUCGGUUGGUUUCACAAGGCUAUAAAAUCCGAGGAUAUCGUCAUCCUUCGCAAAUUGAAUCACGGAACAGGAGAAGCCACGUCCCAUCAGCUUUAUGAUUUCGAUAAUCCCUAUGUGAUUGGCUUUGAUUGCUCUCGCCCUUCACAAAUGGAAUCGAGGCUCACGGUAGAUUUUUCCAUGAAAAACAACAUUUACAGACACCCAGAACGCUGGGGAAAUCCAAAGCCAUUUGAAAGGAAACACGACAUAUAUGCAUUGGGAAUAUUACUUCUAGAGAUCGGUUGCUGGAGGCUCCUUCCCAGUAUGGAUGGCAGCCGAAAAGGCUUCGAAAAUGUCAAGAAACCCGAGAGACUACGGGAUACUUUGCUGGACAUAGUUCGGACCAAGCUAGCGCAUUCAGCUGGAUCGAAGUAUAGCGAAGCAGUUGCAUUUUGUCUAGAGGAACGCGAGUGGAAGACGGAAGAGCCAUGGCAAACCCAAAGAAGCAUUCGUCAAAAGGUGUGGCAGCCACUGAAGAUGUCAAUUUAGGCUAUAUAUAGGCCCAAAGAAAUUUUCCGAAAGAAUGGAGAAGAUUGUAUUUGGUGACCUUCGUCAUGAAGCAAAUCGCGAAGGACGCUAUCAGGACGAAUAUAGCGGAAAUGGCAGAGCGACUUCCACUUUUCUCGAACCGGUACAGAAGAAGCAUGGGGAAUAUAAUUCCAGUGGGAAUAGACAAAGCCACCAGGCAUUUUAUCACUCUUCCGUAUAAAUUUCGUCGUAGUAUAAAUACAUUGCGGUCGCUCGUUUUAGC